UUUCAAUGUCCACGUAAUCAGUUCAUUGUUGGCCAAUAAUGAGAUAUGAUAGACACAUGAACAAAUUCGUAAAACGGAAUUAAUAAACUCGUUCAUAAAAUUUUUUGCAACAAGAAUCAACGCGUGUGUAUAAAAUCAUAUGAUUUAUAUUGAAAUAUAUUUGUGUUAACCUUGGCCUGAAAUAUUCAUGGUUAUAACAUUCUAAAUAAACAUACGCAAAUAUUCGAACGGAAAUCGAAUUGUCAGUUUUCGGACGUGUUUUAACAAUAAAGGGCGCAUAAUUUUUUGUAUAAUGUGAAAUCGAAAAAGAUUUGCUGAUUAAAAAAAACUGAAAAAAUGCUUGUACUUUCAAAAUUCAAGCAUGUUCUUAAUACGUAUCCAAUUACGCGUGGUAUGGCCACAUACGUAGUAACAUGGCCCAUUGCAAGUAUAAUCCAACAGAGUAUGGCUGGUAAAACAGAUUAUGAUUGGAAAGAAGUGGCUAAAUUUGGUAUGUAUGGUGCAUUAUGGGUGGCACCCACUUUGUAUGCAUGGGUACGAUUAACCGGAAUACUUUGGCCAGCAAUGACACUAAAAACGGCUAUCUACAAGGUUUCACUUGAACAAAUUACUUAUGCACCUUUUGGUAUAACUUCGUUUUUGUAUCUUAUAAAUGCAUUGGAUGGAAAAUCAACAUUUGAAUGUUUAGAGGAAGUUAAGAAAAAAUUAAUUCCAACGUAUAAGGCCGGAGUAUGUUUUUGGCCAGCAAUUCAACUAAUAUCAUAUUCAGUUGUACCAGAAAAAAAUCGUGUUGUUCUAACAAGUUUUGCUAGUUUAUUGUGGACAGUAUAUUUAGCGCACGUUAAACAUUCGACCAAAAUUAAUCCGUUAAAAAACGACGAUGUUAUUUCAAUAAAAGAAUUAUAA